GCUAAUUAACAAUCUCUUUCCUUCCAAAAUGUCGAAGCGAGGACGUGGAGGUUCGUCUGGAUCCAAAUUCCGUAUCUCACUGGGUUUGCCAGUGGGAGCGGUUAUCAACUGCGCAGACAAUACAGGUGGUAAGAACCUGUACAUCAUUGCUGUGAGUGGAAUCAAGGGUAGGCUGAACAGACUGCCUACUGCUGGUCUUGGUGACAUGAUCGUUGCUACUGUCAAGAAGGGCAAGCCAGAACUCAGGAAAAAGGUCAUGCCUGCUGUAGUAAUUCGACAACGGAAGUCCAUCAGAAGAAGAGAUGGCACAGUACUGUACUUUGAAGACAAUGCAGGAGUCAUAGUGAACAACAAAGGAGAAAUGAAAGGUUCAGCCAUCACCGGUCCCGUUGCCAAAGAAUGUGCAGACUUAUGGCCCCGUAUUGCCAGCAAUGCCAGUACCAUUGCAUGAGGAGCACACACCAUCAUCCACUUAACCAACCAUCAGCCUCAUCAAAGAGUCCACAUAACUGCAAUGAAAAACUCAUCCCAUGUGAUAGUCCUCUCUUCUGACUGAACUAAUGACUUGUACAAAGUAAUAAAUGACAACCUCACAACAAA